CGGCGGGCACUGCUCGCGGAGGCGGGAACGGCCGAUGUGCCAGAUGUCACCUGCUGUUUGCACCCAAAGCAGCUGAGCUGAGAAGCCCCUUGGUGGUGGGGACCCGGAGAACUGGGGUUCAACAUGAGAACCAACAAGGUGUACAAGCUCGUCAUACAUAAGAAGGGGUUUGGAGGCAGCGAUGAUGAACUGGUGGUAAAUCCUAAAGUAUUUCUUCAAAUCAAGCUGGGAGAUGUUGUGGAAAUUGCACAUCCCAAUGAUGAAUACAGCCCCCUACUCCUACAAGUGAAGUCACUUAAGGAAGAUUUGCAGAAAGAAACAAUCAGUGUGGAUCAGACUGUAGCACAGGUCUUCCGCCUGCGGCCAUACCAGGAUGUCCAUGUGAAUGUCGUUGACCCAAAGGAAGUGACCUUGGACCUGGUGGAGCUGACUUUUAAAGACCAGUACAUUGGGCGCGGGGAUAUGUGGCGACUAAAGAAAAGUUUGGUCAGCACAUGUGCUUAUGUCACCCAAAAAGUUGAAUUUGCGGGCAUCAGGGCACAAGCAGGUGAACUGUGGGUUAAGAGUGAGAAAGUCACUUGUGGCUACAUCAGUGAGGACACCCGGGUGGUCUUUCGCUCCACUUCAGCCAUGGUUUAUAUCUUUAUCCAGAUGAGCUGUGAAAUGUGGGAUUUCGAUAUCUACGGGGACCUAUAUUUUGAGAAAGCUGUGAACGGCUUCCUUGCUGACCUCUUCACAAAAUGGAAGGAGAAGAAUUGCAGCCAUGAAGUGACAGUGGUUCUGUUUUCUAGAACAUUUUAUGAAGCAAAAACGAUAGAUGAGUUUCCUGAAACACAUCGUGCAUCAAUUCGCCAGGACCACGAGGGAAGAUUUUAUGAAGAUUUUUACAAAGUUGUGGUUCAGAAUGAGAGACGAGAAGAAUGGACCUCCUUGCUUGUGACCAUUAAAAAACUUUUUAUCCAGUAUCCUGUGCUAGUACGUCUGGAGCAAGCAGAGGGCUUUCCACCAGGUUACAAUUCCACCUCAGCGCAAGGGAAUUACCUGGAGGCCAUAAAUCUUUCAUUCAAUGUGUUCGACAAGCAUUACAUUAACCGAAACUUCGACCGAACCGGCCAGAUGUCUGUGGUUAUCACGCCUGGCGUGGGGGUCUUCGAAGUAGAUCGACUCCUUAUGAUUCUGACCAAGCAGCGCAUGAUAGACAAUGGGAUUGGUGUGGACUUGGUAUGCAUGGGAGAACAACCACUACAUGCUGUUCCACUCUUUAAGCUCCACAAUCGCUGUGGUCCUGGGGACUCCAGGCUAGGUGAUGACUACAAUAUCCCACACUGGAUAAACCACAGUUUCUACACAUCCAAAAGCCAGCUCCUUUGCAACAGUUUCACCCCACGGAUUAAGCUGGCAGGAAGAAAGCCACUGGUCGAGAAGGCAAAAAGUAGCCGAGAUGCCUCUAUAGGGGCUCCAAAAGAUGCUGAGAAUGCCCUACCUAUCCAGGUGGAUUAUGAUGGCUACGAUGCCCAGGUGUUCAGACUGCCAGGCCCGUCCAGAGCACAGCGUUGCACCACUUUCAGGUCUGUGAGGGAGAGGGAAAGUCGUACCAGGAAGAGCUCCAGUUCCUAUGACGUGUCCUGCAGCCCUUCUCUGCAGAGCCGCACGCUGCCUCCAGAGGAGGUGAGGAGCCAGGCUUCUGAUGACAGCUCCUUGGGCAAGAUCUCCAACAUCCUGAUGAUCCCCCGGCCUCACCUGCACCAGUAUGAAGUCAGCAGCUCUUUGGGCUAUACCAGCACCCGAGAUGUCCUUGAGAACAUGCUGGAGUCUCAGCAACGGGACUCCAGCGCCCCGGGGAGGUUCCACGUUGGCAGUGCAGAAUCCAUGCUGCACAUUCGGCCUGGGGGUUACACCCCACAGCGAGCCCUCAUAAACCCCUUUGCCCCGUCCCGCAUGCCCAUGAAGCUUACGUCAAACAGGAGGCGCUGGAUGCACACUUUUCCUGUGGGUCCGUCAGGAGAAGCUAUCCAGAUUCAUCAUCAAACCCGCCAGAACAUGGCAGAAAUGCAGGGCAAUGGGCAGCAGGAUUUGACACACUCUUCUGCUGAGCUGCUGGAGCUGGCUUACCAUGAGGCAACGGGCAGACAUGUCAGCUCUCGUCAUCCUGGUGACAGUGCCUCUUUCCUGAGCUUUGGUGGAGUAGAGGAAUAUUCCAAUGGCCUGGCUGGUGGCAACAGUGCGGGAAUGAACCUCAAAGCUCAGAACAAGGAUUCACUGGAAGAUGCUAUUUCUAACUCUCCAGAUCCAAUGCCAGGCUUCUGUUGUACAGUUGGAGUGGACUGGAAAUCUCUUACUACUCCGGCGUGUCUCCCUCUUACCACGGACUAUUUUCCUGACCGUCAAAGUCUGCAGAACGAUUACACUGAGGGCUGCUAUGAUCUCCUGCCAGAAGCUGAUAUUGACAGGAGAGAUGAGGAAGGGGUGCAGAUGACAGCCCAGCAGGUGUUUGAGGAGUUUAUUUGUCAGCGUCUCAUGCAAGGCUAUCAGAUUAUUGUGCAACCCAAACCACAGAAACCAGCCCCAGCCGUGCCACCCCCACUCAGCAGCAGUCCCCUGUACAGCAGAGGUCUUGUAUCAAGGAAUCGGCCAGAGGAAGAAGAUCAGUACUGGCUGAGUAUGGGCCGUACUUUCCACAAAGUAACAUUGAAAGACAAAAUAAUUACUGUGACUCGGUACCUGCCAAAGUAUCCCUAUGAAUCUGCUCAGAUAAACUACACAUACAGCUUAUGUCCCUCACACUCGGACUCUGAAUUUGUCUCUUGCUGGGUAGAAUUUUCCCAUGAGCGACUGGAAGAGUAUAAGUGGAAUUACUUGGAUCAGUAUAUCUGCUCUGCUGGCUCUGAGGAUUUCAGCCUUAUCGAGUCGCUGAAGUUCUGGAGGACCCGCUUCCUGCUGCUGCCCGCGUGCAUCAGUGCCACCAAGCGCAUCAUGGAGGGCGAAGCACACUGCGACGUGUACGGAGACCGGCCGCGCUCCGACGACGACGAGUGGCAGCUCCUGGAUGGCUUCAUUCGCUUCGUGGAGGGCCUGAACCGCAUUCGUCGACGCCAUCGCUCUGAUAGAAUGAUUAGGAAAGGCUCUGCCCUGAAAGGGUUGCAGAUUGCGGGUCCGAUUCCCACCCACUCUCUGGAGCAGGCUGGGCCUCCCAUUGGGAAGAAAGGAACAUCGGCGCUCUCGGCCCUGCUGGAGAUGGAAGCCAGUCAGAAGAGCCUGGGGGAGCAGCAGGCAGCAGCGCUGGCUGGGAAGAGCUCUGGGCAGGCUGCGGAGAGCGGGAGCAUUGCCAUCACCCCCACCUACAUGGACAGCCCCCGCAAGGAUGGGGCCUUCUUUAUGGAUUUUGUUCGCAGCCCACGCACAGCUUCAACCUUCUACUCCCAGGUCUCUCUCGAUCAAACAGCUCCUGUGACCUUGGAUGGCAGCACAUUGCUAAACACGGGCCAGGGGGCUGAGAGGGGCAAUGCCCCGGUCUCGGGGAGCAACCAGGGAGUUGCAGAGCAGGGAUGCGCGGCGGCCGCCUCUGCUGAGAGCAGCUCUCAGCAGUGUUCGACAAGCUCUCUGACUUCUUCCUCCACCUUGAUGGAGAUUCUUGAAGCCAUGAAACAUCCUACCACAGGGAUCCAGCUGCUCUCUGAACAGAAGGGCCUCUCCCCGUACUGUUUCAUCAGCGCAGAAGUUGUGCAUUGGCUGGUGAACAACGUGGAGGGGGUGCAGACUCAGGCCAUGGCCAUCGACAUCAUGCAGAAAAUGCUAGAAGAGCAACUGAUUGUCCAUGCGUCCGGGGAAGCUCUACGAACCUUCAUCUAUGGCUUCUAUUUUUACAAGAUCGUUGUGGACAAAGAACCCGAGCGAGUGGGCAUGCCACCGCCGGCCAUGUGGCACACAGCUGCCAUGGAUGACUUCUCGGCCUUCCAGAGGAAGUGGUUCGAGGUGGCGUUCGUGGCCGAAGAGCUGCUGCACUCUGAAAUCCCUGCCUUCCUCCUGCCCUGGCUGCCCAGCCGCCCAGCCUCCUAUGCAAGUAGGCACAGUUCCUUUAGCCGCAGUUUCGGAGGACGGAGCCAGGCAGCUGCACUCUUAGCUGCCACGGUGCCCGAGCAACGGACGGUGACGCUGGACGUGGAUGUUAACAACCGCACGGACCGCGUGGAGUGGUGCAGCUGCUACUACCACGGCAACUUCUCACUGACUGCCGCCUUCGAGAUCAAGCUGCACUGGAUGGCGGUGACCGCGGCCGUUCUGUUCGAGAUGGUUCAGGGGUGGCAUCGGAAGGCGACAUCCUGUGGCUUCCUACUCGUUCCUGUCUUGGAAGGUCCCUUCGCUUUGCCCAGCUACUUGUACGGAGACCCCCUGAGAGCUCAGUUGUUCAUCCCCCUCAAUGUCAGCUGCUUGCUGAAGGAGGGCAGCGAGCAUUUGUUUGACGGCUUCGAACCAGAAACCUACUGGGACCGUAUGCACCUGCUGCAGGAAGCCAUAGCCUACAGAUUCGGGUUUGUGCAGGAUAAAUACUCAGCCUCUGCGUUCAACUUUCCAGCUGAGAAUAAGCCCCAGUACAUCCAUGUCACAGGGACAGUGUUUCUGCAGCUCCCCUAUUCCAAGCGGAAAUUCUCCUGCGGGCAGCAGCGGCGCCGGCGCAACUCCACGAGCUCCACCAACCAGAACAUGUUCUGUGAGGAGCGCGUGGGCUACAACUGGGCCUACAACACCAUGCUCACCAAAACGUGGCGGUCCAGCGCCACCGGCGACGAGAAGUUCGCAGAUCGGCUGCUCAAAGACUUCACGGAUUUCUGCUGGAACAAGGACAGCCGCCUUGUCUUGUUCUGGACUGACUGCCUGGAGAAGAUGCACGCAAGCGCCCCGUGAGAGCGGGUGGCAGCCCUAGUGUGACAAGGAAGCUCUACUGUGGGACAUGGAAGCAGUAGGGACUGGAAAAGGGCCUCUCUGUUGCCGUCAUCCCGAGGCUCAGAGGGGACCUCAUCAGUAUUGCUGUUGAUAUUCAACAGAAGUUGAUUAAGCCCUUGGAAAAAGACCCUGGGCUCUUGGCCUGCCAAUACCUAUUGCCUGAUCUCAGCUUGAUUUUAAGUAGCUGCAGCUCUUGGUUGCCAAAACUUGAGUAAGAGCAGGGAGGGCGCGGAUGCUUUCCAAAGGCAGUUGGAUGCAGCAGCCUGCCUCCCUCCC